UAAAACCUUAAUUAGCCAUGCAACCGCGAAUCAUUCACAGAAAUAUUAUUUACGUGCAAACUAUAUUAAAUAGCCUGAUGUGCUGUUUUGUUUCCUUUAUACGUUUCAUACCUGGAUACAUAUUUAUCAGUGAUGUAUAUGGAUAUCUUGUUUGAAGUUUAAAUGAGUUUGAGAAAUCGAUUGAACCCAGUAUCUAAUGUAAACAACUAUGUGAAAAGUCGAUAGGUUAUAGAAAAAAAUGGAGGAUAAAUUACCCAAUAUUAAACCAAAGGUCAAGCAAGUGUUCAUAAAAGUUCAUUUUCUGAAGAUCGGUGAAAUCGAUACAGUGAAAGAGAAGUAUACAGCCGAUAUUUUCAUACAAGCAAGAUGGCGGGAAAAACAAUUAGAUCACAAGAAACUGAAACACAAGAACGACUAUGUGCUGGAUUUAGACAGUUUCUGGGAUCCAAAGUUGAUAGUACAAAAUCUAAUAGAACAGACCAAAGAUGACAAGCCGUGGAAAGAAGUUCAUUAUACAGACAAAAAGAAGGCAUAUAUUGUCGAAAAACGUCGCCUUCAAGGAGCUUUUUCAGAGAAACUUGAACUACCAGAUUUUCCUUUUGACCAUCAGUUCUUAAAUGUAUACAUUACGUCUGAAUACCCACAAAGCCAGUUAGAAAUCGCAGAAGACAAAGAAGAAAUAAGUCUGUUAAAUUCUGCAUGUUUUGUUGAUGAACAAGAAUGGCAACUUUGUGAUUUUGUUACAAUGCGAAAGAAGCCAACGAGAAAAGAUUUUUCCCAAAGGAAAAGGGUAACAUUUCCGGGUAUAAGUGCCGGAUGUUGUGCGGUCCGGAGAUGGAAGUUUUUCGUUUGGAAUAUGGUGUUAGUGAUGGGAUUUAUUUCAUCUACCUCAAUAGCAACAUUUGCAGUCGACAACAAUUUGACGCAGAAUCGUUUACAGUUAUCCAUCACAUUAAUGUUAACUACAGUAGCAUUCCGAAUAGUCACAAAUCAAGGGUUACCGAAAAUAUCGUACAACACAAUAUUGGAUGUGUAUUUACUGUUUAGUAUGUUAUUUACAUACACAGUAUGUAUCUGGCACGCUGUGAUAUCACAGUUCUCUUCACAGUCUUACCAGGACGACCUUGAUCUUUAUGUUUUCAUCGUAUUGGUGACAGUUUUUGGGCUGUUUCAAAUAUUUUUCGUUAUUUAUGUUAUAAUUAAAGUCUUUUUAAGGAAUAGAAUUAUAAAUGAAUGCCUUCAACAGUAUGAGGAGCAUGCAAUGAAGGUAUUCGGAGACAACUGGAAACACCAACGUAACUCCCGGAAGAACGCUCUCCUGAAACGCAAGCAAAGAGGACGAGCAACUCAACCAGCAGAGGAUGACUUGGACAACGAAGACGACGACGAAUUUAUCAAUACAUUUUUAAUUGGUCAAAAGGAAAGAAGAGUGUCCGAAAGAUAAAUUGUUUGAUAAAACUUUACAAUAUGCAAACCAGUGCCAUAAAACAGUAUUAUUUUUUACAAUGGUCUUUCCUGUAAAUUUGUAUUUUUUUUUGUAUAUUCUACAAUUACAAACGUAGUUCAUUUUUUUUUAUAUUCAACAACAUUAUUGUAUAAAAGAUGUAUUAAAAG